GGCAUAUCAAACAACCCGCGUUUUUUAUCGUUGCAUUAGAGAAUUACUGCAUCUCCACAGCAGAGCUCAACCGGCAUGCUUGGCCUCUGAUUCGCUGACUCCCAUCAACAAAAUGUCAUUGCAUGAUCGCCCCACAGUUAGCUAGCUUGGUUGCACUCUCCAAGUGCCAUGUUGCAUUCUUUACCGUGCUCCACCAGCUUUGUUAUUAGGCUGGACGAUGUUUAAAGCCUCAGUUGCAGCAAAGGAUUGACUUCAUCUAUCUGCGCUCGAGCUACCGCAUACUUCAACAAUCGCUAUGUUUUUGUAUUGUCGCACCGUCAACUUCCUAGUUGUCGUGCUCGCAGUCUUGCUCUGGGUCACUUAUGCUGGAGUUCAUGCCACGGAACUUGACGAGCAGAAGCAGCCAGUUGACAAGCAGAAGCAGCCAGCUGUCGAGCAGACGCAGCCAGCUGUCGAGCAGACGCAGCCAGCUGUGACAGAUACUUGCCAAGUUCUUGGUCUGCACUUCAAAACUGUUGCAAUGGCUGAAGAAGACAUGACUUGCUUCGAUGCGUGUCUCGUAAGAAAGAAUCAAGCUCGUGCUGAGUUUCUUUUUUAUCAGGAAUUCGCAAAAGCCGGACUUGGCGAGAAAUGCACCCCGCAGUUAGACGACAUGUGCACUUUCUUCGAGGCCAAAGAUCUCGGUCCAUCUCCAACGAGCAGCAUCGAGAAGGCGACAAAAGCUUUCCGGGACAACCUCAAAAAAGGAGCGAAGAAUGUUUUUCAGAAGGGAAUUUCAAAUCUCUGCAGGUCCAGCUCUUCAUCUUGGAAGCAGGCACUUACAAUCAGCCCGAACUCUCUCUCCAGCUUGCAAAAGGGCUUGGGAGACGCAUUGAAUGCGAUUUGCGACAUCGCAGACAAGUUGUCUCCUGAAGUACGCUCGAUGCCUGAAUGGCAGCAGACUGAGUGGCAGCAGCCGAAGAAGCCCGAGCAAAAGAAAGGUGGAAUGUGUCAAUGUGAUUUGUGGCUCACGCCACCAAGAGUAUUCCGGUCUGGCCCUCCAUUGUCCUUACAGUCACAAGAUUGCUCGCCAGCUGAGAUUGGUAAGCGAAUAAGCCCCAGUGGUUGGCAGUUUGUCGGUCACAUGGUGUUUCAAGAUGAACUGAGUUGUUUCUUACAAGACGUCGAGUGUGUUUGCAAGGAUAUCUCGGUAAAGAUCAAGCAAAGGUGGUUCACAUCAGAAACACGCGGAACGUAUCUGUCUUGUCGACCUACGACUGCAGUUGGGACUUCAGCUUCAAGCAAAGCGGUGGGCGAGACCAGCGGAUCCGACGGACCAAGCGACGUUUUCCGUAAGCUAGAACUUAUUUAGAUUACGUUCGUUGAUCUCGCGCUUCAACUCCAAAACAGUAUUUUCAAUUUCAGUCACUAUUCUCACA